UUACAAUAAAAUCCAACAAUACAAAAUAAUAAUUAUAAAAUUUAUGAACAAGUAAUAUACUAUCCAAUUCAAUUGACAAUAUAUUUUUUGUGAAAUGACUUAGAAAAACUUAAGCAAUAUGUCUAUUCGACCAGUGUACAGGCCGAAAAUCAUUAAAAAAAGAACGAAGCGCUUUAUUAGACACCAAAGUGAUCGAUAUCACAAACUAAAGAGAAACUGGAGAAAACCUAAAGGUAUUGAUAACAGAGUUAGAAGGCGAUUUAAGGGACAAUAUCUUAUGCCCAAUAUUGGUUACGGUAGCAAUAAGAAAACACGUCAUAUGCUUCCAACUGGAUUUCGGAAAGUUCUCAUUCAUAAUGUAAAAGAGUUGGAAGUUUUAAUAAUGCAGAACCGUAAAUUUUGUGCGGAAAUUGCACAUGGAGUAAGCAGUAAAAAACGCAAGACAAUUGUUGAACGUGCCCAACAGUUAUCUAUUCGCGUAACAAAUGCUAAUGCUCGCCUUCGUUCUGAAGAGAAUGAAUAAAUUGUAAUUAUUUUA